AUGGAUCAAAUCCAGCACAACUUCAUAACAGUGCAAGGCCUCAAGCUCCACGUAACCGUCAUCGGAACAGGUCCCAAUGUGGUCUUGUUCCUGCACGGAUUCCCAGAAAUAUUGUACACGUGGCGCCACCAGAUGAUCGCUGCCGCCAACGCCGGUUUCCGGGCCAUCGCGCCUGACUACCGUGGACACGGUCUUUCCGACCAGCCGCCCGAACCCGACAAGGCCUCCUACCGUGACCUCGUCAACGACAUCCUUGCUAUUGAAGCUCUUGCUAUUACCAAGCUUAUUGGAUCUCUGAGUUGUUUAGGAUGGAACAUAAUUAUAAGAUUUAGGGAUGAAAUGGCUUCUGCUUCCCUGAAGGAUUACUUUAACAAGUUUCCGGGGAUAGAGGACUCUAUAACCAGUGGAAAGGCGACACUGCCAUUAUCAAAUCCCCUUUCACAUGUUACACAUAUUAGAACAUUCAAAAAUUGUCAAAGGUUCCAGAGAGAAGAUCAGGAUAGGAAGGAUACCAACUUCCUACUUGUUAGGGUCAUACCCAAACCCUCCUCUUAA